AGCCCGUAGGCCGUAUCGGAAGAGACCGAACCCUAAAGUUCUUCCCGUGCUGUCUCCACCGUAUUCCCUAGAAUUCGUGUCGCCAAAAUCGACGGAUCUUCAGGAAUUCCUCCCUCCUUUCAAUCCUUCACAGCAACCUCUCUGCGAUCUGAUGGCAAUGAAGGCGUUAACGAAAGAGGCAAUUGCAAUGACUGAGAAGAAGAUGAACAUGAGCUUAGAUGAUAUUAUUAAAAUGUCGAAGAAAAAUGCUGCUAAAGGGAAAAGACCUCCGAGGCCUCCUAUUAAAAACCAAGGCUUUCGGAAUACGAAUCCUUCCCAUGGUAACACCGUGCUACAGGGAUUCAUGGAUUCCAGAUCUUCAAUUAGACAGGGUGUGCUUGCAAAGAGAAGGUCAAAUUUUCAUGGGAAUCAAUUCCCAGUAAUCACAGAGGUGGCUAGGAAGGCUGCUGCCGUUUCUGCCCAGAACAGGAUGAUAAAUCAGAAUGGCAGAAGGGUGUUGACACCAACCCUUCAAAGGAGUGCAAAUGCUGGCUCCUCUAGCAAGCGGCCUCAAACCUUGGAUGCACUUUUUGCAAAUAUGAAUGAGAAGAGGAUGAAUUUUGUGAGCCAAAAGAUUAAUCCCAGAGGUAGUGUUCAGCUGGAACGCAGGUCCUUUGGUUCAAGGCAGCAACCAAGAAGAGGUGGCCCUCGCGGUGGUGUUCAGCUGAUACAGAGGCCCUUUGGCUCAAGGCAGCAACAGCAAGAAAGAGUUGGCCGUGGCCCUCGAGGUGGUGUUCAGCUGGGACAAAUGCGCUUCGGCUCAGGGCAGCCGCAAGGAAGAGGUGGCCCUCGUGGUGGUGCUCAUCGUGGGCCUCAUGCCGCCACUCGCCUUCAGUUCGGUGGCUUUGCUAAAUGAGGACAAAUGCAUUGUUGUCCCCCAUUACUAGCCUCAUGUUACACAUCCGUCUAGCUGCAGCAGCACAAACAGCUCUUCCUUUUUUAUGUUACACUUCUAGCAAGUCUGAUGAUCGAACGCGAGCAGUUUUCUUAAGUUGCCUGACUCCAUUGAUUGUUGAUCCUUUAGCUGACUUUGAAUCGUUCAAUAUCAAUGGGCUCUGUAAUAUUGGAUUUGCAAGAUGUUGCUUUUGUAUAUCAUUGUCGGUUUCAACACUGGAUUUCUGAGUGAUGUAUGAAAGAUAGUGAGACAUAAUAACAUAGAUUUCGGUUUACCUGCGAA